AUGGAUCAACUGUUUUUAGUUGAAAAUCAACUAGACAAUAAUUUAAAUGGGAAUUUGAAUGAAAAUAUUAAUUAUGAUAAUGAAACAAAAUUAGAAACUCCAAUACCUCCAUUACAUGUUCAACAAAAAUAUCUUAAUGAUACAAAUAAGAUUGUUGACGUCAAUGAAUCAUCACAAUUUUUAAGAUCAAAUUGUUCAAGAUGUAAGAAAGAUUUUGAUCAACCGAUUAUUAUUCCCAAAGUUAAAGAUUCCAAUGAUGAUGUUGCUAAACCAUUAGUUGAACCUAAGAUAUUUAAAUUAUGUCAACAUUGUAGAGAAUUACAACGUCAAAGAUCAAGAAGAUGGCAGAAAAAAACCAAAGAAAAAUUUGGUGUUUGUAGAAGAUGUGGUAAUGAUAUUCCUCCUGAUUUACAAAAAUUUGUAUUAUGUUUAAACUGUCGACAAAAUUUAAGAUUUAGAAAAGCAAAUAGGGCAAAACAAGGUAGAUGCGUUCAUUGUUCAGGUCCCUUGGAUACUUCAAUUAUAACUAAUAAUAAUGAAAAUAAUGGAAUUCCGAAACCCAAUAAAAAUUUCAAAGUUUGUCAACGAUGUCGAGAGAAUGAUAAGAUUAGACGAAAUAAUUUAGAAAAAUUAGGGAAUUGUAAUAGAUGUGCAAAACCUUUAAGUAAUGAAGAUAUUGGUAAACAUAAAGUUUGUAUAAAUUGUCGUACAAAAAAGAAGAAAAAUUCCACUUCUGAUGAAAAUUUAUCAGUGGUUAAUACAACUAACCUUUCAAAUUCUAUGAAUACUUUACCAAUCAAUUAUAAUAUUGAAACGGUAAGUAAUUCUGUUAGUAAUGUUCCAACUUCAAAUAAUAAUGGACAAUCAGGUGAUUUCGAAGGUUUACAUUAUCAAUCAUAUCCUGUUCAACAAAUACCUCAAGUUCAACAACAAGUAAGAGGUCCUCAACAAUCAUCUCCUAAUAAUAAUAAUGCUCCAAUUCCUCCAAUGAAUAUGGGAAUGAAUUAUUACAAUAAUCAAGUUCCACUUAAUAUGAACCAAUUACCUUUGCAUCAAUUACCUUUACAACCUCCAAUAAUGGUUAACAAUUUAGGUCAAUACAAUCAAUUACCUCAAAUCAAUAAUCAAUUAUACAUGAAUCAACCAUUAAAUAAUUACAUUCCUUUACCUAUCAAUCAAAUCAAUCAACAAGUCCAAAUGCCCCAAAAUCAAAUUCCAAAUCAAAAUCAAAAUCAAGGUCAAAAAAUUUCUCCUAAUCAGCAAAAUUUACAGAUGAACCAAAUGCCUUAUCAUUAUCAAUAA